CCUGCUGAUUUCACUGUGAAGUGAAAAUUCAGUUAAGGUUUCCUCGACGAUUUCAGGUAGCGAAUUUUAUUAACAAAAACGACUACCUGGUCCAAGUCACUCAAGUUUUUGAUUUCGGGCGGAGCAGCGUGUUAAACAUUUGGUCAGAUUAUUGUGUGACUUAAUUUGUCGCCUGUUUGAUGGGUCACGAUCUUUUGCCAUUGAAGUGAACUAAGAAAAAAGUGCUUGCAUGAACUGUUCAGACUGAAACUGGAAUAAUGGCUUGUGCUAGCGCAACGACUGCUAGCAACAUGGAUGUGGUAGCGCCAGCAAACGUUUCCGUGGCCUCCCGGCCGUCUCGAUUCACAAUGGAGGGCGUUGGAUCGCGGGUUAUCCGUGGACCCGACUGGAAGUGGGGCAAGCAGGACGGCGGUGAGGGCCACGUCGGAACGGUGCGCAAUUUCGAAUCUCAGGAGGAGGUGGUAGUCGUGUGGGACAAUGGCACGGCGGCAAACUAUCGGUGCGCCGGUGCGUACGACCUGCGCAUCCUGGACAGCGCCCCCACGGGAAUCAAGCACGAGGGCACCAUGUGCGAUACCUGCCGCCAGACGCCGAUCUUCGGCAUACGCUGGAAGUGUGCCGAGUGUAACAACUACGAUUUGUGCUCGAUUUGUUAUCACGGUGAUAAGCAUCACAUGAGGCAUCGAUUUCAUCGAAUUUCAACGCCGGGCGGGGAGAAAACGAUGCUGGAACCACGGCGAAAGACGAAGAAGAUUGCAGUGCGCGGUAUUUUUCCCGGCGCACGGGUCGUGCGCGGUGUGGACUGGCAAUGGGAGGAUCAGGACGGCGGAAACGGUCGACGCGGUAAAGUGAAUGAGAUUCAAGAUUGGUCUUCAGCCUCGCCGCGAUCGGCUGCCUAUGUGGUUUGGGACAACGGAGCUAAAAAUUUGUACCGCGUCGGUUUCGAAGGUAUGGCCGAUUUGAAAGUGGUUAACGAUUCCAAAGGAACGAACGUGUAUCGUGAUCAUUUACCCGUGCUGGGUGAGUACGGUCCCGGACGGGGACCGCACAGUUUCCAGAUUGGUGAUCAAGUGACAGUGGAUUUGGAGAUUGAAAUUGUGCAGUCGCUUCAACAUGGCCACGGUGGAUGGACUGACGGCAUGUACGAGUGCAUGAAUACCACCGGAACGGUGGUAGGCAUUGAUGAGGAUCAUGAUAUCGUGGUGGCUUAUCCAAGUUCUCACAGAUGGACCUUCAAUCCGACCGUGCUAACGAUCGUGUCUCCUCCAGCUUCGCUGCACAGCGAAAGUCAAUCCCAGCAGUUUGCGGUGGGUGAUUUUGUUAAGAUCUGCAGCGAUUUGGAAAGGAUUAAAAUCUUGCAACGUAGUCAUGGAGAAUGGGCCGAGGCUAUGCUGCCGACACUUGGAAAAGUUGGUCGCGUGCAGCAAGUGUAUCAUGAUAACGAUUUGAAGGUGGAAGUUUGCAACACCUCGUGGACCUACAACCCAUUAGCUGUCACAAAGGUGGCAUCAUCAUCCGAUGGUUCGACUGCCGUUACUACCAACGGUGAGCGACUGUCGGCUAUAUUAAAGAAACUGUUUGAACCGCACGCUUCGGGCGAUACCACUGAGGAGCUCGUGAAAGCAGCCGCAAAUGGCGAUGUCAGCAAAGUUGAAGAGUUUCUUUCCGGAGCUGCCGCACAAAAUGUGGCUGCUGCUUCCUCUAGCUCGCAGGACUCUUCGCAGGUGGUAAAGGUAGACGUUAACGGAGUAUUUGCUGGGCACACUGCUCUCCAAGCAGCCAGCCAGAACGGACAUUUGGAAGUGAUUCAGGUGUUGCUUCGAUAUAAGGCGGACGUUGAAAUUGAAGAUAAGGAUGGCGAUCGUGCGGUUCACCAUGCCGCGUUCGGAGACGAACCGGGUGUUAUGGGACUGUUGGCCAAAGCUGGUGCUGAUCUAAAUGCUCGCAAUAAACGACGACAAACAGCUCUUCACAUCGCGGUUAACAAGGGUCAUUUCAAUGUGGUUAAAACACUAUUGGAACUCAAAUGUCACACGAGCUUGCAGGAUUCCGAGGGAGAUACCCCGCUGCAUGAUGCCAUUUCGAAGGAACAUGAUAACAUGCUUUCGCUGUUAUUGGACAAUGGCGCUGAUAUCACUUUGACCAACAACAAUGGCUUCAACGCUUUGCAUCACGCCGCUUUGAAGGGCAAUCCCAGUGCUAUGAAAAUUUUGCUCACAAAAACCAACCGCUUGUGGAUUGUGGAGGAGAAAAAAGACGACGGCUACACGGCGCUACACCUGGCUGCUCUGAAUAAUCACGUGGAGAUAGCCGAGCUGCUCGUAAAGAUGGGCCGGGCCAACAUGGAUUGUCAGAAUGUGAAUCUGCAAACCGCGCUGCAUCUGGCCGUUGAGCGGCAACACGUGCAGAUCGUUAAAUUGCUGGUACGCGAGGGUGCCAAUUUGAACAUUCCGGAUAAGGACGGCGACACGCCGUUGCACGAAGCUUUGCGACACCACACACUGUCCCAGUUGCGUCAGCUGCAGGACGUCGAAGGAUUCGGCAAAAUACUUAUGGGUUUGAGAAAUAACACCGACAAGAAGGCAUCCGCUUCGAUUGCAUGUUUCCUGGCGGCUAACGGUGCCGAUUUGACAAUCAAAAACAGAAAACUUCAAACUCCGUUGGACCUCUGCCCGGAUCCGAACCUCUGCAAGACGCUGAUCAAGUGUUACAACGAGCGAAAAACCGACGAUAUGGACAUGAGUGCUGCUGCCGGCGCAGGGCUUCCCGCGUCCGGCUUGCUGCGCAACACGGCCAACAAUCCUGCGGGAGGCGCUCCAAAUCCGUCAGCCGCGUCUGGGUCGCUGCUGGCUGCGGGCAGCUCGACCGGUGGAAUACCGCCCGGUGUGGUCGAUGCCAAUCUGCUGAACGAUCUUAACAAAAUGUCCAUUCAACCGAACAUCAGCGGACAGUCGAACAACAUCUCCACGCCGACCGGUAAUCCGUUGGACGAAUGUCUGCUCUGCUCGGAUCAAAAACGCGAUACAGUAUUCAAACCAUGUGGGCAUGUAGUUUGCUGCGAUAACUGUGGUCCAAGAAUCAAAAAAUGUCUAAUCUGUCGGGAAUCGGUUUCGGAGCGGGAGACCAUUGGCGAGUGUUUGGUUUGUUCCGAUCGGAAAGCAUCGGUGUUCUUCAAACCGUGCGGACAUAUGGUUGCGUGCGAUAAUUGUGCUCAAAUCAUGAAAAAGUGCGUUCAGUGCAGAACACAAAUCGACCAGAAAGUGCCACUUUCGGUGUGCAGCGGUGGUCCGGGACAGAUUAUCACCGUACAGCACCAGCGAGAUGAGAAGAAGGACCAGACCGGUAAUCAGACGCUGUUGCAGGGUAUGAACAAGAGUGGCCACGGUGUUGCAAUGAAUAACACUACGUCACCGAACGUUAGUACCGUGAGUGGUACACCAACAGCGCUUAAUACAACGAAAAAUAUUAGCAACGGAGGUGUGGCUCCUAGCAAUCUUACCCUGAGAGAUGACAUGCAGAAACUACGCCCGGAUGACGUUCAAAAGCUACAGCAGCAGCUGCAGGACAUCAAGGAACAGACAAUGUGUCCAGUGUGUUUUGAUCGGAUCAAAAACAUGGUAUUCCUUUGUGGCCACGGAACCUGUCAGAUGUGCGGAGAUCAAAUCGAAGGAUGUCCGAUCUGUCGCAAGACGGUUGAGAAGCGAAUCAUAAUGUUCUAGGUGAACAAAGCGCUAUACCUACUUAUCACGAGCUGCUACCACUGGAGUGGCUUGAAAUACUCGAGCAAAUCAAAACUAGAAUUUAAUGUAAUGCAUGAAUUUUGUUCACACUAAGAAUAUUGAUGGUUAUAAAACUUUUUUGGGCUAAAUUCCGCAACCAAGCCGUUGUCAAAUUGGUGUUCGAAAGAAUUAAAACUGGACAAAAAAACUUUAACUUCCGAAUAAUCUUGCCUUCCAAAUUACUUUGCAAUCAGUGUGGAUCGAUGGGUGUACCGUCGGUGAAAUACCAGUGUCAGAAUGAGAAUAAAAGGAUGCAACAGUGUUUUUAGUGACCAGUUGAAGUGCCGGUUUUCGGCUGAAAGCCCAUAAGGAUAGGAAAAGAGAAUUGUUAAAGUCUAGCAUGGUUUGUAUAACAGUUCAAGGUUUUCUAGCAGAGAAGCUCAAUAUUUAACUCUCCCUUGAUUGGACUUAUUCUCACUGUUUCUGUAGAGUGUAAAUAAAAGUGGUAAACGGUUUAAUUUAAUUUCGCAAAACACUCGGUUCUUAAAUAUUGCACGAAUUUUUAAAUUUUAUUUGUCUUGAGUUUGUAUCACGAUUUCAUUUUAUUCAAAAAUAACUAUCAGCACUAAUGAGGAAGGGUUUAAACCUAUUCUAAAGCAAAUAGUUGUGGAAAGAAAAAUAGUUUCCAACUAAUAUUUACAGAACACUCAAUGCUUACAAUCAAGAGAAGAAGCAAGGAUUCUAAUUGUGCAGAUCUUAGAUCUAGCUUUCCAGUCUAAGGAAUUAAUAAACCAGAAUUAUAAAAACCUUGAUAAAAACUGUAUUAGGCACAAAACAGCAAUGUCACUACAAAAUCAUAAUCGCAUACAAUCUAUUGUAAUAGUGCACUAUGUACACACCAUAAAGACAAAAUAUAUAGUUCCCUCUGAGUGGACUUUCGCCACGG